AUGAGCUCCAGCCAAGGCCGUUUCCAAUUUUCUUCUGGAUCCCACAGGGGUAGUGCAGGGUGUGAUUUGGCUCUGCUAGGAAGCUCCUACAGACCUUCAAGUGCACAUGGAGGGGCCAUUGGCACAUCUGUCUCCAUUUCCUCCACCAGGCCUCUCUGGAUGGCCUCUGGAGUGGGGGUAUCUUGGGGAGCCUUUGGCAAGAGCCAUGGGGAUAGCAUCUUUCUGGGCGGGAAUGAGAAACAGACCAUGCAAAACCUGAAUGACCGUUUGGCUGCUUAUCUGGAGAAGGUACGUUCUCUGGAAGCAGCUAAUGCUCAGCUGGAAAGCUGUAUCUUGGAGUGGCACAAGAAGAGGUCUCAUGAAAAGAAGCGUGACUUCAACCAAUAUGAGCAAAACAUCACUGACAUGCAAGGACAGAUUGAGGAUGGCAAGAUCACCAAUGCCAGUAUUUUUCUGCAUAUUGAUAAUGCUAAAAUAGCAUCUGAAGAUUUGAGUCUCAAAUAUGAGGCGGAGCAGUCUCUCAGGCAGGGAAUGCAAAUCAGUGUUGAGAACCUGCGUAAGGAACUUGACAACCUGACCAUUGUCACGACAGAUCUGGAAAUGGAGAUUGAAGGCAUCCAGGAAGAGCAGAUCCUCAGGAAGAAAGACCAUGAGAAGGAUAUGGGGGAGCAUCAUUCAUCAAAGGAUUUCAAGGUCAAUGUGCAAGUGAAUGCAGUGCCGAAAGAAGAUUUGGCCAAGAUUUUAGCAGGGAUAAGAAAGGAUUAUGAAGCCAUUAUUGAAAAGAACCACCAAGGCCUAGAGGUCUGGUACAAAGAGCAGACUGCAACUGUGUCCCCUGCGGCAAAUAUCAGUCCAGAAGAAAUACAGAACAAUGAAAGUGAAAUCAAGAACCUGAGGCGGACUUUUCAGGCCUUGGAGAUUGAGUUGCAGGCACAAUUUAGCAAGAAAUAUGCCCUCAAAGGUACCUUGGCCGAGACCCAGGCUCACUAUACAUUUCAGCUCCAGAAUAUACAACAAUCCAUCUGUAACUGCGAGGAAGAGCUGAGUCAACUCCGCCAAGACAUCAAGUGCCAGAACAAUCAGUAUAAGAUCCUCCUUGGGAUCAAAACCCGCCUGGAAAAGGAGAUUUCCACUUAUCGUCAGCUCCUGGAGGGAAAUGCUGAUGGAAUAACAAAAAACUUUGAAUCAAGCACUAAAGAACAUGCUGGAAUGACCAGUCAAAAGCUCAAAACAAUCACGCAGGACAGUGUGAAUGGGCAGGUGGUGUCCUCCACCAUAAAUGAAAUCGACCAGCAGAUGUGA